ACAACAGUGCAGAGCCGCGGACGCGCGUCUUGUGGAUCAGUCGCUCGCGAGGCGUGCCAGCGGUGAGACGCGUCAGAGCGCAAAACUCGGUGUUCCGUCCCUGCAGCAGUGCACGAGUGUGCGCGUACAGCAGGUUGAUCAACAGUGUGCACAUUUUAUGAAUAUAUUUGGACGGAAAAUAUCUAUACUUGGCUCAGUACUUGCGUCCUUUCAUGAUGGUCUGCAGAAGCAUCAUCUUUUCCAUCUACAUUUUUGUGACAGUAGCCACAGCUACUAACUUCAGUGACCGAAAUUCGUUAAAAGGAUCUGAUCCUGAAGUCACGGUCCACCGUUUCAAAACCGGUAAUACAGAAUCUUCUACAGUGGAACGCGGUCAGGAGGUCAACGAGACCACAGCUGUGCUCCUGCAGACGCCGUCAGAAGCUAGGAACCUUUCUCAAGAGGAGAAGAACAGAAGACUGAUCCAGGCGGCUAAGGAGGGAGCAGUUGGGGACCUGCAGGCGCUACUCGCGUCGGGGGCGGAUGUGAGGGCGAGGGACAGCGACUUGGAGUGGACCGCAUUGCACUGGGCAGCAUUCUGGGGACACGUGGAGGUUGUGAGGUGGCUGGUUGCGGCCGGGGCGGAGGUAGACGCGAGGAACGACUACGAGGCCACCCCUCUGCACUUUGCUGCAGGAAGCGACCGCGUAGCGGUGGUGAGGGUGCUGACGGCGUCUUCUGCCGACCCCAACGCUGAGGACGACGAAGAGCAGACGCCGCUGCACUGGGCGGCGGAGCGUGGCUACGCAGACACGGUGAGGGCACUGCUGGAGGCCGGGGCCGACAAGGAGGCCAGGGACGUCCGCGGGAGCAGCCCACUGGACCUCGCCAGGGCCAACGACCACCAGCAGCUGGUAGACAUCCUGAGAUCUAGCUAGAACGUCUGUGGAGUAAGAGAAAUAAAGCUUGCUAAGUGAAUUUUUCAGAUAAUUUAUUCUGCAACCACUUUGUGCACCCACUUCAGUAACAUUACAACAAUAGCAACAGACAGAGAUAUCCACAGACUAAUGUAAGUAACCGGAACUUUGUUUUGUGUAAAGUCAACAGAUGUCUAAAAGCAUUCAAUUACUAAUAAACAGCAGUUCCUACAUAUUUUACUGAAAAGUA